AUAUUGUAAUAUUGAUGUGAAUUAUUGCCACAUUUCUUAAUUCUUAUUGACAGUUGACACUUCAUUGACAACUGACAAGUCGUGUCAACUAUCACACGAAGUGAAGUUCUCAAUCAAAUUACGGAAAUUGUAUAUUUAUUUUCUUUUAUAAAGUUAGAAAUCAGCCAAUACUACCUCGUUUUAUGUGGUAAAUUAGCUAUAAUUAUUGAAAAGAAUGACUACCUCAACUCCUGAUGGUGCAGAUAAUUACGAUCAGUUUGAUGACGACGAUACUGAACAGCAACUGGGUGCAACAGCAUCUGGUCGGAAAAGGCUAUUUAGUAAGGAAUUACGAUGUAUGAUGUACGGUUUUGGAGAUGAUCAAAAUCCCUAUACAGAGAGUGUAGACUUUCUAGAAGACUUAGUUGUAGAAUUUAUUACAGAAACCACACAUAGAGCAAUGGAAGUGGGUAGGACUGGUCGAGUACAAGUAGAAGACAUAAUAUUUUUAGUACGUAAAGAUCCUCGCAAAUAUGCUCGAGUUAAAGAUCUACUUACAAUGAAUGAAGAGCUCAAAAAAGCAAGAAAAGCUUUUGAUGAAGUCAAAUAUGUUGAAGACCAACAGUAACAAUGUGACCAUGCCAAACAACAGACGCCAUGCUUCUAGACUGAUGCAAAAUAACAUUAGGAUUCAAGAAGCUCUCAAGCAAGAGGAUCACUUUUGUUUUUAGCUGACAUUCCUGUGUUACAUCUAAUUAUAAUAAAAACAUUGUUAUUAACUUUUAUUGUGAUGUAAAAAAAGGCUAACACUGUUUUUAACUGACUUUAAAAUAUAGGAGGCAGUUCUCAAUUCAAAUGUAUUUUUAUAAUAAACACAAACAAAAAAAUA